GUUUCCUAAAUAAACAUUUGAAAAAACCUGACACACGUGAGCCGAUGUACGACUUAUUUGAAAAGGAACCAUCCUAGCGGGCCCAGGAAACACAAGGUCGCUAGACGAGACACGCGUAUCUUAGACUCGGACGAUUCUCCUCCUCAUCGUCUUUCUCUCUCUUUCCGCUAAGCAAAUGACCGAUUCCAACUCAGUUCCUCUCUUACCGGUAUUUUUCUUCGUUUAGCUUCAAAUCAAGUGGAGAUCUGGUUUGGUUAGUAACGCAAACAAGGAGGUAUGGAUAAAGCGAAACUCUCUGAAUGGGGCGAGAAACUGAGAACGGGUGGAGCUCAAAUGAGUAGAAUGGUUAGUGGGAAAAUGAAGGAAAUUCUUCAAGGCCCCACACCCGAGUCGAAAGUCGUCGAUGAGGCCACUUCUGAGACAUUAGAAGAACCCAACUGGGGAUUGAACAUGAAGAUAUGUGCUAUGAUCAACAGCGAAGAGUUCAAUGGGACCGAAAUUGUUAGGGCCAUCAAGAAGAAGAUUUCGGGCAAAAACGCUGUCAUCCAAUGGUUGAGCCUCGAUUUGUUGGAAGCUUGUACCACCAAUUGCGAGAAGGUAGCUUCCGAGGUGGCUUCCGAGAAAGUUUUGGAAGAGAUGAUGAAGAUGAUUGAGAAUCCCAACACGGAUCACGGGAAUAGAGGAAGGGCUUUGCAGUUGAUUCGUGCUUGGGGACAAUCUCAGGAUCUUGCUUACCUCCCUGUGUUUCACCAAACUUAUGAGAGCUUGAAAGAAAGGAGUACACAUGUACCAGUAGGUAACGGGAAAUCAGGCCCUUUGCAGUAUUCCUUGGAGUCUUGUAUGAGAUUGCCUCCCUCUGAAGAUUAUCCUGACAAUGAGACAGAAUUGCAUGCCAGUGAUUUUGCCUACAACUAUGGGAAUUUUUCUGUUGAGCAAAAGAAGGAAGUUUUCGAAGUAACUUGGAACAGCCUUGAGGUGCUUUCUAGCAUGUUGGUUAAGGAAACUGAGCCGAAACCCACAAUGGACGAGUUGACAAAGAGCAUGUUGGAGAAGUGCAAGCAAUCCCAGCCUGUUAUUCAGAUGAUCAUAGAAGGCACUACUGAUGAUGAUGGAAUUCUCUUCGAGGCACUGAAUCUGAAUGAUGAGCUUCAACAGGUCAUCUCCAAAUUCGAGGAACUGGAAGCCGGCUCAAUGUCCGGAAGACAGCUUACCGAAAACUCGGGCACCACUGCAGCUAAUGCCACUGUUCCAGUUGAGACCUGUAACGAAAAUACGAUCAGUGAUUCCCCUUCAACGCAUGAUGAAACCAAGAAAACAGCUUCUCCCUCGACCCAUAAAGAAACCAAGAUGAGUGCUUCCGAAAAAGUAGACACUAAUGAACCAGCAGUAACAAGAAAACACGAUUGAGAAUUAAGGAGUUUAGAGCGUUUCCUUGGUUUUAAUUUCCAAUGCACGACUUUUGUGCUGGUAACUUUAUGGUUGACUUAUUGUAAGUAUUGAAUAAGAUUACGUAGUGGUCCAGUCCCAAUGCAUACUAGUUUAUCAGGUCGUGUAAUUUACAUGCUUUCUAAUAUAAAAACAUAUAUAAAGUUCGUAUUGGAUUGCA